AUGUCAUAUCCAGCCAAUGAUGUCUCCAAAAUUGGCGUCGAGUCAAUCCCAGUCGAGCCUCCCGCUGCCGUCGACGUCGCGAUUGAGGAGAAAGCAAUUAUCACUCCACCGCCGCCAAGUGCCCCAGAUGGAGGUAUCAGAGCCUGGCUUCAGGUGAUCGGAUGUUGGCUGGUUUUCUUCAAUGUCUGGGGAUUUACCUUCUCAUUCGGACUCUUCCAAAACUACUAUGAGUUGGUUCUUUUGUCGAGUCAAUCUCCCUCCGACAUCUCCUGGAUCGGCACAUGCGCAUCAUAUCUUUUGAUUGUCAUAGGUGUCAUUUCCGGCCCUUUAUUUGACCUCGGCCACUAUCGAACCAUGCUUUUUGGUGGUGCUUUCAUGUCUUGUUUUGGAAUUAUGAUGUUGAGCCUGUCAUCUGAAUACUACCAGAUCAUAUUGACGCAGGGUAUCUGCAUGGGUCUGGGAUGCGGAGUUCUCUAUGUUCCUGGCCUUGCACUGGUCAGUCGUUCAUUUACGACUCAUCGAGCCAUGGCACUUGGGAUAGUCACUUGUGGUGCCCCUGUCGGCGGUAUCAUCUAUACGAUUACGUUCGACCAAUUGAUUGAACCACUUGGCUUUGACUGGACUGUGAGGGUAAUGGGUUUCAUUAUGCUGGGUUCCUAUGUCAUCGCAUUCCCACUUUUACUUUGGGGAGCCGAGAACACCGGGGACAUUGGUACUGGUACUGCUCGAAAACUAUUUGACAAAGCAGCACUCAAGGAUACGGCGUUCUGGAUGUACACUUGGGCCAAUUUCUUCAUAUUUUGCGGCUACCUCGUCCCAUUUUUCUACAUUCCCAGCUACGCACAACUUUCACUGCACAUGUCUCGGUCUUUGGCUCUGUACUCUAUUGUGGUCGCCCAAGGUGCAUCCGUCAUAGGUCGACUCUUUGCUUCCGCAGUGGCUCUUCGAAUUGGAGUCAUGAUCCCCUGGCUGACCUGUGCUUCUGUUUCCGCAAUACUCUGUCUUUCCUGGAUUGGGAUUCGUAGCAACUCUGCUUUCUUUGCCUUUUCUGCAUUAUACGGCGGCUUUAGCGGAGCUCUCAUCCCUCUCCCGCCCAGUAUAUUUCCCGUCGUCUGCCCCGAUCCGAAAGUCCUGGGUGCACGCCUUGGAAUGGCUCAAGCUAUUGGGGCUACCGCGUCGUUGAUAGGAAGCCCUAUUGCUGGAGCGUUAGUGGCCGAUGGCAAUGACUCCAAUUCACAAAACUAUCUAGGACUGCAGCUUUGGAGCGGUCUAAUCAUGAUAGUGGGAGCACUGCUUCUAACAGGCCUUUGGGUUACUCUAGUAAAACGGAGGAAUUCCGGCAAGCUGAUCUAA